ACAACGUGGUGAUGAUAGUAGUAGUACAAAACACUAGUAGCAUUGCUGAGAGGGCAUUAACAACAACAACAUCACCACCACCUUCACCACCACUACCUUCACCACCACCCCAGCACAAUUGGGGCUUUUCUUUUUUCUUGCUCUGCUGCUGCUGUUACUGCGGCUGCCUUUCUGAAAGUGCUGCUCCUCUCCCUCUCGGCGCCCCCAUCCUCGGAGCUUUGCUGCAACCAUCGCCUUCAUUUCUCUCACCCCCCCUCCCCCCCCCCCCUCCCCCGACAGCCUAUAUUUGUGUUGCUCUCCCCCUCCUCCUCCUCUCCCCCUCCCCCCUUUGCACCCACUCUAGACAGAACCUUGCGGUUUCGGAUUCUACUUCGUUGUUGUUGGCUGUUGGUUGUUACUAUCCCUGGCUCUUUGUACAGAUCGAAGUGUUGAGGGUGUUUUGGAAGGAUGAGAAGGAACUGCUACUAGCACCGAUCAACUAGAGGCAAGCUACUAAUUCCAGGAGCUUUAUCAACACAGCUAGACAUUUUCAAAAAUUGUACACUAUGGUGUUCGACUCGGAAGGGCUCAUGAGCCUGUCGGAUGCGCUGCGUCAAGCGGAGAAAGUAGCCAAGAAGACGGGCGAGCCCCCUAAUCUCGAUUCCGCACUCAUUCUCGCGAGGACGGAAUCUGAGCAUCCAUCCGUGGCAGAAGUGUGGCGAGACUUGGAAACCAGAGGAAGCAAAGAGGAUCCCUUGUACCCGAGCCACAAGCUUGCGUCGCUGGUUUUGGAGGAUUCUUUUCAAUCCCACGCCGUGGGGCAUGCGAUGGUGCAAGCGUGCCGCGGGGGCCACAUUCUCUGCAUUCGUCGGCUCCGGGAGAUUCAGAAUCAGCAUCUGAGCGGAAGCAUGCUCGUCGGGCUUUUCUCUGCGUUCGGAAUCUUAAAAGCUGCCGAAGCUGGGCAUGAUGAGGUUGUGGAGGAGCUCUUGCAGCCAACGAUGUCAGCGAGCACAGCGAUGAUGGGGUUCAUGGUGGCCACCCGAUGGAAAGAUCAGAAAGGAUCUGAGAGCUACCCAUUUGUAGAAAAGCCGGGAAACACUCCAAACUCGGAUUGGUUGCGCAAGAUGAUGAACUGCAAGUCCAUGCUUCCACCUGGGAGCACUCACUUCCAGUCCGGGGGCUGGGAUAUCCGGGGCUUACCAGGAUUGCAUGAGAAGCUGCACGAAUUGGUUCGCGCCUCAUACCGAACUUUCUUGGUGUGGCGAACCGCCGUGAUUGCAGCAUCACAGUGCCACACAGACGUAUUCAGGGUUUUGCUGAAUAGGAGGCAAGCGGAUAACGCUGCACUUGCGGAAGUGCUCCAGUCCCUCGAAACGCCUCGCGGAGAUAAAAAGGGAUCCAGUGGACUGGACAGCGAAGCGAAAAAAAUUAUGCAGGAUAGAGCGAAAAUGGACUCAGUUAUGAAUCAAUUGGUGGAAGACUAUAGCACGAAAAAUUACCAUGACGCCAUGUUGUAUACAUUGUGGGGCCAUGUCCAGCGAGGAGGGAGGGAUGCUUCGGUUGGGUUGGGUGCGGGGAAGCCGAAAUGUGUGGCUCAAGCGCAGAAUGGGGUUUGGGAGAUGCAAUUAGAAGUCCCGAUCCUGAUGAUGCCGGUGGAGUAUGCUUUGGUGGAUGAAGAGCCGCAUCGAAGAUACAAGCAAUUGAUGCUCUUGUAUCCUCAGAGAGCGAAAGUGAAUAUUCAGCUUAUUGCGGCGGUUGAAGCCCAGGCAAAUUUCUUGCAGGUUACAGUGGGGGUGAAGCAUGUGAGAUUCAAAGUGGAGAAUUCUAAGUGGCACGAGUCGUGCAUGGGGCAUUUUCCGACGGUGGUAAUGUUGUCGCUGACGCCGCAGACGAAGGAAGGAACGAGCGUGACAAUGACGAACUCGUCCUCCAACACGGUGUUCAAGAUCGGUCAUGCGGAAAAUAUCACCGUAGGGAGUGGGGCUGGCGAUGGAGCGACGAGAGGCAUAGCCGCGGGACUAAGAGCUAGUGCAGCUGUGACGAUGAACUCCACAAUGAAGUCGACGCCAUGGAGGUUUGAGCAGCUCCCGAAGCAGGACACGGCUGAUCGAGGGGGUAGCUUUGUGUGGACACUGCAGUCAAUGAAAGGAAUUCCUUUUGAGAGGUCUAAUCCCCAUCGCAUGGCGGAUACGAGCUCCAAGUGGAACUGGGCGCGAAGAGUCCCGGGCAACCCCUUGGACCAGCUUCCCUUCACCAGCGAAGGCGGGGUGAUCUUCACUGGCGGCGACUAUAGCGACACCAUGAUGUGGCGAUUCCCAAAGACGAUGGAAGGCAGGAAGUUAAGAUGGAGCAUUGAGGGGCAGAUUCAUUCCACGUUCACAACAAGCCGCUACUUCGAGACUCGCAUUGCUAGCUUCUGCGGCGACAUUGAGGAAAGAUUGAAACUCCUGGAAGAAAAGAAGGACAAGGACAAGGGCGUCGAGAAUGCGGACAAACCUCCGAAAAAGGAGAAGCCAGAGAAAGCAGAGAAAGACGAGAAGAGCAAAAACGAGGAGAAAGGUGAGAAAAGCAAAAACAAGGAGACAGGUGGGGUUCCCAGUCUGGAUGAAGCCAGUAGGUCUGAGUUUGAGGAGUGGUUGGAGUUCAAGAGGUUCAAGGAAGAACGGAUGCGAAUGAUGAGUGAAGGUCAGAGCACAUAGGGAGUCAGACAUGAAGCAGAAGAAGAAGAAGUAGAAGAAGAUUUCAAGAGAAAGACUGGAUGGGGAAGAGUUGAUUGACGAAAUGCGAUUUGUAGAAUAUGGGAAGCACUAACACUGGGUGCAGAGAACAACACUACGCGCUUGAAACUCGGUCCUGAGGAAGGGCAAGGCUCCCCUCAAUCUCCCGCAUCAAACCCAGAUAGGGGAUUUGUGAGGCACAACAUAGGAAGACGACUUGCACCAAGUGCCUAAGUACAUUAGUAGGUCGCAGAAUUGAGAGUCUUUCGGUGAUUUCUGUGCAGUUGAUAAGGUCGUGUGAUCAGCAAAGAUAUCAGAAGCAAAAGAUAUCAUCGACAGGAUAUCACAAGAUCAAUUCUUAGUUACCCUUCGAUUAUUUUAAUUCAAUCGCGAUCUUCAAAUUGAAGAUUGCAUCGUGUUGUUCCAUCACA